GGAACAGUACCUUCAACAUGGCAACAAAAACGGCCACAACAUUUCCGGCGCUGCUGGACUCAUUGCAACAAGCAUUGUCUUCAGCUGCAGAAGCUACACAGAAACUCGAUGCGCCAAUUCCUCCCAAAGACGGCAUAUCCUUACUCGAUGUCAAGAACGAGCUUUUCCUCUCAUACCUCCAGAAUCUUGUUUUUCUCAUAAUACUCAAGUUGCGCAAUCGCAGAAGCGGCAGUGAGGACGAGGAUGAGGAGUUGGAUAACUCGGUAGUCAAGAAGUUGGUGGAAUUACAAGUCUAUCUAGAGAAAGGUGUGCGGCCUUUGGAGAGCAGACUGAAGUACCAAAUCGACAAAGUGCUGCGCGCAGCAGAUGAUGCGAAGCGGAUAGGAGAGAGUGCGACCGUACAGACGAAUGGAAAAGUCGUCCGAGAUGACGAGGAUUCAGAAGAGGGUAGUGACGCCGAAUCUGCAGAUGGUGUUGCGCUCAAAGGGCCUGAAAUCGACGACCUGCAGUACAGACCGAACCCAACCGCAUUUGUCCGACCAGCUGCUGGUGCCGAGGACCACGCUAACAACAGAUCUGCCGAUGGAGUGUACAAGCCACCUCGUAUUCAAGCUACAGCUAUGCCUACAACGACUGGACCUCGCGAGAAGCAAGAUAAGAAACCCAACAAGUCCGCAACGCUUGACGAAUUCGUUAGCACUGAAUUGUCAGCUGCGCCAUUUGCGGAGCCCAGUAUUGGAUCUACGAUCGUGAGCGGUGGUCGCAGAAGCAAGAGUGAGAAGGAGAAGAAUGAGGAGCGAGAGAGGAGGGAAUAUGAGGAGAGGAAUUACGUCAGAUUGCCCAAGGAGAGCAAGAAAGAUAAGGCUAAGAAGGGUAGAAAGGAUGCUGGAUAUGGUGGAGAGGAAUGGAGAGGUCUCGGCGAGGGUAUUGAUCGUAUUGAGAGGUUGACGACUAAGAAGGCCGGAUCGAAGAGUGUGGUGGAGAAGAGUAGGAAGAGGCUUGCUGCGGAUGGACCGAAGUCAAGUGGAGAACAGGGUCAGCAUAUGCAGAAGAAGCUGAAGACUUUGGAUCUUGGUCGCCGGGACAGAGGGCGAAGAUAAUCUAGAUGCAAAUUGAUGCCAAAUUGAAGACAGCAUUCGACCAUCCCUGACAUCUCCAUUUCUUG